CCCAAUAUUCAGCCGUCUCAUAAAUGCAAUGGCAUUCAAAGACCCAAUAUUCAACUACUAUCAUAAAUGCCAUGGCAUUCAAAGAGUUUACACCAUUCAAUCACGGCUCACGCACUGAAGUAAAGAUCUAUACGUUUUCACCUGCAGAUUGCCGUUCACCACCCCGUCUCUUGAUCUGAUCCUGUGAAUCCCAGGCGACCUCUGUCAAUUCGUUACUGGUGAAGUUAGUGACCAGUUAGUGCACACCUCAAAGGACCUGGAUAACAUCUCCAUCGAACUCAGUUGAGAAGAAUAAUUGGUCAGCUAAAAGGGAAAACUAUGAACCAACCACCGAAUACUGGAAAGAAUUCUCUGGCUCUACCACCAUCAGAGACUGAGAGUUUGGAUGCCCCACUUCACAUGAUUGGAUUUAAAUUUGAUGAAUUAUCUGCUAAGAAAGUUUCAGGCUGCGUCCUGAUUACCCCGCAGUGCUGUCAGCCAUUCAAAGUUUUGCACGGAGGGAUCUCAGCUUUGAUAGCCGAGGCUUUGGCAAGCAUAGGAGCUCAUAUUGCUUCAGGUUUUACAAGGGUAGCUGGUAUACACCUAAGUAUCAAUCAUCUAAAAAGCGCACAAGAAGGUGAUUUAGUAGUUGCUGAGGCUACACCAGUAAAUGUUGGCAAAUCCAUUCAGGUCUGGGAAGUUCGCCUCUCAAAACGCGAUCCUUCCAACUCUGAGAUUCAAACGCUUCUUGCAUCCUCAAGAAUCACCCUUCUUUGCAACAUGUCCGUGCCAGAAUCUGCCAGGGAUGCUGCUAAAAAGCUAAAAAAAUAUGCUAAAUUGUGACAUGUUUUAGUAUUUCUUUGCUCCAUAGCCAAAUUUCAGGCAUGAGCUAUUUGUGCUUUAUUUUUGGCUGAGUCUUGUAUCUUCAUGUGUGUGCUACAUAAGAGAGAACUGAUGGUUAUGUUACUUAUGUAACUCUAUCUCAAUAAUAGAUAUUCCAAUUUUCUUGA